UUUCAUUUAACGCCGGGAUACGGUCAAACCAAGACUUUCAGAUAGGCCUACAUUCUUUUAUCAACAGCAAAAAGAAACAGCUAGAAACCAUGAUGCAUUACGUAACCAUGCCAACCAGACGACAGAUAAUGGACAAAAUAUUGUUCCUGUACUUUCUGAUCCAAAUUCCUUCGACUCUUUUCUUCGACACGCAAGGAGUAUAUCCAGAAAGCUGGUAUCCUCAGAUGGAGCCAGAAACAAGCCCUGGGUUCUGUUCCCGUCCAUCUUGUACAGCGUCCACACGAUCACUGCCAUCUGCAGUGUCUGGCUCAUGGCGCUUCUGGAGGACUUCAGCAAGUACGAAGCGCUGGCGCCAAGUUCCCUCGUUGAGAGACUGAAGCUCUGCUUCGCUUACUCCCCUUUCAUGAUCUGCUCCCUUGUUUGUCUCUGCGACUCCUUAUUCUUGUUUAGAGAGAUGAGACAGGAUAAAAUAAAAUAAGAGAGAUGAGACAGGAUAAAAUGAAAUAAGAGAGAUGAGACAGGAUAAAAUAAAAUAAGAGAGAUGAGACAGGAUAAAAUAAAAUAAGAGAGAUGAGAUGAGAUGAGGUGAGGUGAGGUGAGAUACGAUGAAAAGAGGUAAGAUCAGAUAAGAUAAGAUAAGAUAUUACUUCAUUGUCCUUGUUGGCAAUUUUUCAUAGCAGUUGUCAGCUUUUUUUUUUCUCUCCAUAUUUAAAUUCACUUGGAGAGGAAGGGAAGCAUGGAAAUAAAAGAUAAAACACAAAAUUGUCAGAAUGUGUGUUAGCUGUAGCGGAAAAGUGUAGUGAAGUAAUUAAUUUAUUUGGUGAUUGCAUUGCAACAAUGUCUCCUGACCGUUUGCCUUUGCCUAAAAAUAUAUUGUAAAGUCAUUACACGUUGAAGUUGAUGGUUGCUUUUUAAAACAAUUUAAACAAAAACCUAUUGUUUUAACGGAGAGGCACUCUUAAUUUGUUACUUUCGUUAUGGAUGCUUUGGAACAAUGUCUCAUGACCGUUUGUUUUUAUUUUAAAAAUGUGUUGUGAAGUCA